GCACGGCUCGGUUCGGCUGCGGCUCUGCGGCUGCACUCGCGCCAUGGCUGCCUACAGCAAGUUCCUCACCGUGCGCCAUUCCGCCAUCGUCGGCGGCACGGCCGCCGCCUGCGCGCUGCUCUGCCUGCUCAACAAGCGGCGGGCCGCGGCCCAGCACGGUAAAAGAAGUGGAAAACAAGCCUUGCAGAACAAUGAGAAAGAGGGAAAGAAGGAGCGAGCGAUGGUGGACAGAUUGUUUAUUGCAAGGAUAUGUCGAAUCCUGAAAAUAAUGGUCCCUAGAGCACUUUGUAAGGAGACAGGUUACUUGCUGCUUAUUGCUGUAAUGCUGGUAGUCCGCACAUAUUGUGAUAUUUGGAUGAUUCAAAAUGGAACAGUCAUUGAAAGUGCUAUCAUUGGUCGCAGCAGAAAAGAUUUCAAGAAAUACUUGUUCAACUUCAUUGCCGCAAUGCCUGCCAUCUCUUUAGUAAAUAACUUCUUGAAAUAUGGUCUAAAUGAAUUGAAACUCUGCUUCCGAGUAAGGCUCACCAAAUACCUCUAUGAGGAAUAUCUCAAGGCUUAUACAUACUACAAAAUGGGAAAUCUGGACAACAGAAUAGCUAACCCAGAUCAACUCCUUACACAGGAUGUGGAAAAAUUCUGUAACAGUGUAGUGGACCUGUACUCAAACCUUAGCAAGCCCUUCUUGGAUAUAGUUUUGUAUAUCUUCAAGCUAACAAGUGCAAUAGGAGCUCAGGGUCCAGCUAGCAUGAUGGCAUACUUGAUUGUGUCAGGGUUUUUCCUUACACGUUUAAGGAGACCAAUUGGCAAGAUGACUAUCAUAGAACAAAAAUACGAAGGGGAGUACAGAUAUGUCAACUCACGGCUUAUUACAAACAGUGAAGAAAUUGCUUUCUAUAAUGGAAAUUUGAGAGAAAAACAGACUAUUCACAGAACCUUCCGUAAACUGGUGGAACACUUACAUAACUUCAUCCUGUUCCGGUUCUCUAUGGGUUUCAUUGAUACCAUCAUUGCCAAAUAUCUUGCCACUGUGGUUGGUUAUCUGGUUGUUAGUCGUCCAUUUUUGAACCUGGCUGAUCCUCGUCAUCAGAAUAGUACCCAUGCAGAACUUCUGGAGGAUUACUACCAAAGUGGAAGAAUGUUACUGAGAAUGUCUCAAGCUUUGGGUAGAAUAGUCCUAGCAGGUCGUGAAAUGACGAGAUUGGCUGGUUUCACAGCUCGAAUUACAGAAUUAAUGCAGGUUCUGAAGGAUUUGAAUAGUGGCAAAUAUCAACGUACCAUGGUAUCGCAAGAAAAAGAUGCAGAUAUAAAACAAGCUUUACCUUUGAUACCGGGAUCUGGUGAAAUUAUCAACACCGAUAACCUUAUCAAGUUUGAUCAUGUUCCGUUGGUGACACCUAAUGGUGAUGUUUUGAUCCAAGACCUGAACUUUGAGGUUCGAUCUGGUGCAAAUGUUCUGAUUUGUGGGCCAAAUGGAUGUGGGAAGAGCUCACUUUUUCGUGUUCUUGGUGAACUGUGGCCUUUGUUUGGUGGACGUUUAACAAAGCCUGUAAGAGGAAAGUUAUUCUAUGUUCCUCAGAGACCAUAUAUGACUCUUGGAACACUCAGAGAUCAAGUUAUAUACCCAGAUACUUUGGAAGAUCAGCGAAAGAAAGGGAUUUCUGACCAGGUGCUGAAGGAGUACUUGGAUAACGUCCAGCUGGGUCAAAUCUUGGAGCGUGAAGGAGGCUGGGACAGUGUUCAGGACUGGAUGGAUGUACUCAGUGGAGGAGAAAAACAGAGAAUGGCUAUGGCAAGACUGUUUUAUCAUAAGCCCCAGUUUGCAAUUCUGGAUGAAUGCACCAGUGCUGUUAGUGUUGAUGUAGAAGGCUACAUUUACAGCCACUGCCGAAAGGUUGGCAUUACGCUCUUCACUGUCUCCCACCGGAAGUCACUCUGGAAACAUCAUGAUUUUUACUUGCACAUGGAUGGCAGGGGAAACUAUGAAUUCAAGAAGAUAACUGAAGACACAGUUGAAUUUGGAUCUUAAAAUUCAUAAACUGAACUGCUACAGAGACUGAUUACUGGAAAUGUGUAGAAUGGCAAACCUUGUACAGUAAAUCUACUCAGCUUGUUUUUAAACAAAUUAACUAGGAUAACUUAAAACAAGCUCUUAAGCGUUUACUAUUAUGUAGGAUAUUGCUAAUUGUGUAUAUGUUGGUUUAAUUAUUAAUAUGUACUAAGAAUGUCUUUAUUCUUGUGGUUUAAAAACCUGCCUAAAUUAAAUUGGGCUUAAAUCAGUGUAACCUGAUUCAUCCUGGGAUGCAAACCAUUUGAAAUCAGCUGAUUUGACUUUUGUAGACCUUCUUUCCCUUCAGUGAAAAGCCCUGUUUAAAUUAGGGUUGCUACCUCUCUCUUGUUCCUGCAAAGCGGUCUUGGAUAUUUUGCUCUGUUCUAUGCAUAUUUCUGAGUUAUCUCACACAAUGCAGGACAUUAUCCCAUCUUCAGAUCUAUGCUCUGGUUGGUUCAUGAAAGGGCCUUUUCCUUCACCAAGCCUUGUGAUGUAGCCAAUACACCCUUGCCGAUAAAGAACGGACUGAAUCUGAAAGAUGAAACUAAUUCCUUCUGCUAAGAAAAUUAAGCUAGUGCUGUGCUGGGUUUUGGGUUUUCUUUCAAUCUUUGUCUGUCCAUGCAGUCAUCUGCUGCUCACCAAUCUCAUUCUCUUCUGAUUUAUUAAGACCUCUUCUAUAGCUCCACCUUUUCUGUCAGUGAAACCCUGUGGUAACAAAGAGUUGAGAGGAAAUUGAGGGAGGAAAGGACUAAUCAGAAGGGGAAAAGAAAGAUGAUGUUUCAGCUGAGAAAGCCAAAUAGUUCCCACGAAGCCUGGGAGCAAUCAUUCUUCUCUUGAAAUUGGUAGAAGUUAAAAAAGACUCAGAUCAUUCCUCUGGAAGAUAAUUUUAAUAGACUGUUGUGUAUCCUGUGUGUGUGUGUGCUCAGUUUUGUGAUGCAGCAGCUACUUUUCCUUUUCUUCCUCUUCAAAAAAUCAGAUCUUCUUGUGGUUUUGGCUGCUUUACAGAUAUGACUUUGAAAGUAAGUGAUAAUGGUACUCCUUGAUAGGCAAAUUUUUCUAGUCUGUGAAGCCUAAAAUAACACUUUCAUCCUUCAAAUUUUUCUCUAAUUUUGGUUGUGAGGUUUCUUGAUUUAUGAUUUAAAAAAUAAAAAUAAAAAAUUUACCAGCAGUUCUCAGUGCUAACUAUGACUAGUCCCUGCUGGUUUUAUUAUUCUGGCUGCCAAAUCCCUUGAUGAAUUUAAACUCUUAAAUUGUUUACUGUAACCAUUUUUCCCCCAUACAGAUGAUGACUCUGGUCAUGUGAUUUUGACAAACAUAGAUGCAGCGAGGUGAAUUUUGUCAUCGGGGAGUAGGAAGGUAUAACUCAAACUGAAUUACUGUUUAAGCUUUAAAACAAAAAAUUGCAAUACCUGUUGUACAUUGAAGGUCUAAUAAUUCCUUAUUGUUCCACAUAAGAUAUAAUAUAGGAAUGCUUUAUAUGAAGGCAUGCAUAAAAUAUGCAAUAAAUCUGCUCUGUGCAUCUUUUGUCACAGGCUUAGGUUUAAAAAUAUCUUUUCAUAAAACGGAUAUGAAUUUGGAUGUACUGCUGUAUGUUGACUUCCUUAAUUUCAUCAUCUUUCAUGUUGGGAUUGCUACCUGUUAGUAUUUUUCCUUUGAUCGUAGUUCUUGCCCUUGACUUUCACUGCUAGUAUUCUUUGAUAGUAUUCAAAUGCAAACAGCUAUCCUAGUCUAAGAAUCCACUGAUCACAGUAGAUUUGUGGUAGGAUGCAUCGAGGAAAGUCAAAGUGUGUCACAUUCAGGAGCAUAAGGUGCCAGAAUAAAUUUUUAUGCUCGUUCCACAAAUAGAAAACAAAUAGACAAAUCUCAUGUUACUAAUUUUCUGCUCACUCAGAUUUGCGUAUCAGCCUAAUUUGUACUGUAGCAGGUAGCAGCAUGCGUUAAGUGAGGUUGUAAUAUUUUUUGACUGUAACUGUGAAAAUAUGAAUGCCAGAUAGCUAUUCUUGUGAAAAUUGUCAGCACAAAUGCAACAACUUCUCUUGGAAGGGUUGAUAUACUAGCCCCUUUGUGAAACAUGAAGAAAAAAAAAUCAAUUAAAAUGAGGAAGUUGCUGUUAUGUUUGUGAAUAGGGCAGACUUGGGAUACUUCAACAAAUUUCUAACACUGACAAGUAAAACCAUACACGGUACACUGAUAAGGAAACCUAGCAACCAGUCCUGUGGUUCCUCACAAUUCAAUUGGUCACUAAUAGAAUUUUGUGUAACCUCCAGAUUUAUUUAAUAAACUAAAAAAAGUCCUAUUUUAUAACCAAGGAAAGUAAUUUGACUUUAUAGACGACGUGACAUUCAUUGACAUGGAAGAUGCUAUAUUUCGGGUCAGGACCUAGCAUUUCUAAAUGUACUGAGAGGGAAGAGAAAGUAUUCUGUGCUUGAUUGCAAACAAGGCUUAUAAAAUAAUACAAGAAAUGUUUUAGAAUGAUAUUCUUAAAAGGCCUUAUAUUGAAGUAUUUUGAGAUAGGUUUGAUAUAAAUGAAUGUUUGUAAAACCUAAUGAAAGUGAUCAAGUCUCAAUUAUGUUGCAGAAUUGCACUGUGAUGCUGUAUUUUAGCUCUUAAGUCUUUUUAAUAGCACAAGUUGGAAUUCUGUAAAUUGGAAUUCUGAUCUAUCUUGGUAAGGCAGAGUACUGAACUGUUGAUGCUUUGGAGAUGGUAUUGGUACUGGUCAGGUGGCUGCAUUUCAACAGUGGUGGGAAACAUUCCUGUAUGUAAAUACUGUAAAGUGUUUUUGAGGGGAAAAUGGCGCUAUAUAAAUGUAAGACAUUAAGUGCCUCUGAAAUAAUAAAUCUAAAGACAAAAUAUGUUUAAGCUUUUUAUGUUUCUUGAUGUGAUUAGGAUUUUUGUAACAAUACAGAACAUGUAUUCAGCAAAUACUGAAUUACUCACUGAGCUACUUGACUUGUGUUCAGCUUAUAAAGGUGAUGGUACUGCCUGAUAUUCAUCCAGGCAUCAGCCAGACAAUGCCAUGCAGUUGUAGGCUUAACAAAAAUAUGAACACUACUCAAAGAUCUGUAACUCAAUUGCUUUGUGUAUAUGUGCGUUAAUCUGUUUUCAAUCUGCUCUGAUUUUGACCUCUGUUCUCUCUUUUUCUCUCCUACAUCCUUUGUCCACUUCUUAUCCCUCAAAAUUUGCCUGCAUAAGAUUAACAUAUAUGUUUAUGUGGUAAUUCUUUUGAAUGCUCCCUGUUCCUUGAACUUUGAGGAAGUUGCAUGUAUUGUAUUUGUGAUUUUUUCUUUUUUUUUUUUUUUUGUUGUGGUAGAUCUCCCCCAUCAGGAUGCUUGAUACUGUGUAAUCUAAGAGUGAUAGAUUUACCUAAAUGAAUUGAUAGCAGGGAUGUUAUCCUGUCAUCAGUGCUUCUAAUGUUAGUGGUUUUUUCUUAACUGAGAUUAAGAAUAUCAAACAAACUUGUAUAUGUAAAGGAAUAGAGCUGGCUUUGUAAGGAAGCCUCUCAAAUUCAAUUGAAAAAUCAAGUGUUGUUCAACUUAACCGAAGAGCUGGAUGAUGUUUUACAUUAUAGAUGUGAUAUUUAAUAUUCUAAUAAUUUGAGCGCUGUAAAGUUUGCUGCUUAUAGAAUUCUGGCCUUUCUGCUACCCAGUUCCUUACAAGUAUUUUGUAUGCAUCAGUACCAGUUCUUCAUUAUGUAAAGGGAAAAUAUUGAUUUAUGGAGCAGUGAAACUGAAAUAACAGGGUUACUCUGGGAAAGGUUGGCAGUGUAAACUGCAUCCUGGCCUGUAGAUGUGUUUGGAAUGUUUCUUCUCUAAAAGAGGCACAGAUGGUUUAGUAGGCACCUGGCUGUUCAGUCCAAAUGCAAAACUGAGCACUGUUUGAGGGUGACUUGUACUAUGAAGAAAAUUGUGGAGGCAUUGCCAUUUAAUUAGCUGUAUGCUGUAUAGAAGCGAUGAACUGGUGGGAAUCAAAGCAGCAGUGUGGUUCUCUUUGUGGAACGCCACCAUGAUGCUUACCGGACAGACAUCUUAAUUAAGUCAUAAUUGGAACUGACAAGUGAGUCACUACAACUUAGCAAAAUUGGCAGUUUGAGCUAUAUGUUUCUUAAGCCAGAGGAUACUUCUAUGUAAAUUUAGCACUAGAGUGAGAGAGAAAAAAAAUCACUGAAUUGUUGUUGUUGUUCUUGUUUGUUUUUUUGUUUCCCUCUAGGACUCAGCCCUCUGCAGACUCAGUAGGUGCUACUGCAUCCUUAAUCUUUGGUAUCAUAAA